UUUAACUGUUAUCAUAUUACAACAGUUUUUUCUUCAUUAAAGUAUUAUGUCGAGACCUGUCACAGACAGUGAUGCAUGUGGCACGGAUUGGCGAAAAAUGGAUACCCCAGAACGAUUCUUCAAAAGGAAACUGUAAUUUUUCUUGGAGGCCUCCAUGGAAAAACUUUCGUAUCAAGUUAUGCUCUCAAGACAACGAAGUUUUAGAAAAUACUUCAGGAUACCUUGUUCCAUUAAAAAUGCAAUUUCUAAUGACGUACCACAUGCCAACCGUACAGAAAAUUGUUUGCAAUUCAGCGAGUUUAACAGUGGAAAGCAUAAACUCGACAGAAGAACUUUUAGAAAUAAAAGUAAAAUCGUUAGAAGGUAGAAAUUUCUUUACAGACAUUGAGAGAGCGUUAGCUAGUGAAAUUGAUGACAUUGUUAUGAAACCAGUUCAAAGACUGGAGUUCACGUCAGGCUUAGCAGAGGAGCUAUUCAAACAUGAUUUAAAAGAGAAAAACAUCGACCUUAUGCGAGAUGAAACAAAUAUAUUCAUAGUAGGGUUUGACACAAUGAGGUCGAUCAUCAAUAAAAAUAUUGAAGAGAUCAAUCGUGCUACUGCCAGCAAGGUAGUACAACUUGAAGAAAAGUGGAAAAUGACAGCUUUUAAAUAUUUUGGAUUUGCUGAAACGCUCACCAGAGAUUUUUCUGGAAUGGAUUUUCGUCUAGAGGAACAUAGUUCUAGUAUUUAUUUGAGAGGGAGUGACGUCACUAUUAUCAAAGCAGAAGAAGAAGUACACAUGUAUCUGUCGGAAUUGUUUGACGAGCAAUUUGAAGUUAACCCACUGAUCCUUAAACUUUUAGGCUGCAAAGAGGCUGCCGAACUGUUCAAAGACAUUCUUCAAAAACAACAUCUCCAAGUCAUCUGGACAAUUGACAAAACUCAUUUCCAUUGCGUUAGCAAGACAAAAAUCAACACAGAUGCCAUACAAUCAGCUAUAUAUGACAAUUUUUUUGACAGCAGGGUUUAUAACAUCCUCUAAUCAUAUAAAUCAGUUUUGUAAUAGCAACGCCUACAUUGAAAUAACAAAGAAAGAAAACAAUAAGCUUCUUUUUCUUGAGGAAACGACAUCAAGUGUCAAUGUUGGAGGAACGAAAAGUCUAAUAUUUUAUCUUCUUCAUCAGGAAAUAGUAUUCUACAAAGGUGUUGGAAACACAAAUGAAUUACAGGAGCUGCUUGGAAAUAGUCAUCAUAGUAUGAAUAUGAUAAAAGUCUCUAACAUACCUUCUGGUUCCUCAGAAGAUUCAAUCAGAUUUUUCUUUGAAAACAAGCGAAAGUCUGGAGGUGGUGACAUUAAUGAUCUUGAUUAUGAUGAAGACAGUCAUACUGCUAUUAUAACAUUUGAAGAAGGGGGUGUUGCUGAAUGUGUUAUAAGUCGACUUCCAUUGCUGUUCGAGAAGGAAAGGAUUGCUGUUGAAAUAUUUAUACCGUGUCAACCUACAUCAAUCGUAGUUGAAGAUGGUAAAGCAACAGUGAAUGACGUUACGAGAGCCAUGCCCACAGAAUUUGCUAUAGAAGUAAGGGGAGUAAAACCAUCCACUUCUGCAGAUACCAUUAGAUUAUAUUUUGAAAGCCGUAAAGGUGCAAAUGCUGAUGUUGUAAAGAUGGAAUUUAAAGCAAAAGGAAUGUACAUUAUUUGGUUUAAUAAGGAAAGUGCUAUUGAGGCAUCGAUGAAUAAAGACGUAAUAGUUGAUUCACAAAUACUGAAUAUAAAACGUUACAUCCAACCAACUUUUCAUAAACAUGUUCGAAAGUAUGACAAUAAAGUGUUCAUUACUAAUAUCGAUUCUACAACCACUAAAGACGGACUGGAGAAUUUCCUGGAAGCUAAGUCUAAAGGUAUUCCAGAGGAGAUUAUAUUCGGGGAGGCAGAAGGAACAGCAUUAGUUACAUUUGAACAACCACCAGAUAUUGGCCUACUACAUACAGCAUGUUUGCAGAGACGUUUGAAUGGCAGCCAUCUUGGCUUACACACAGUACCUAUAACAGACUGUAUAGUUGUCACUGGAUACAAAGACCAUACGUCAUCAGACACAAUGGAAUACUACUUUGACAAUAAAAGGCGUUCAGGGGUCGAAGGUGUAAGGGAAGUGAAGUUAGUGGAAGAUGAAGGGAAAUUUCUACCCAAGCGCCUGUGCUUCAUUGACCCUGAUAGUGCACUUGAGGUAUGUAAAAGAUGUCAUACAGUUGAGGGUCAUAUUCUUAAAGUAGAAGUGUACUAUGAAUGUCUUGGACAAUCUGCAUUUAAUGAUGAUGGAUCUCAAUACAAGCCUUUGUCAACUGUGAUACGAAAUAUUCAUCCAUAUAAAAAAGAAUUUCUACUAAAUUCAGACAAAAAUAAGAAUGCUUUUGAGAAACAGCUUUUACAGCACAAUGCAACAGUUGAACCGCCGCACCUUAAAAAGAUGAAGGAAUCACUUGUGGUUUAUUGUACUUUAAACAAGGGGGCUACGAACUACAGAAAAUUAACCAAGAAGUGGGCUAAAACAGUUUCAACGGAAGUUAACACAUUUUUCAACAUAUUGACAGUGAAAGUUAUCCAAACCUUGCCGGAAGCUUGGGAGGAUGUGAUGAAACAUCUAAGAGAACUCAACAUUUCAAAUCCUGAAAGUGUAGCCACCAGAGUUGUCAAAGAGGAAUGUAAGAUAGUAAUCACAGGUCAUAAGAUUCCUGUCGAAGAGGUAGCAGAAAAAGUUGAGAGUAGCAUAAAAGUUACUGAAGAAGUUAAUCUUAAACACUUUCAACUUCUUGUAUUGCUGUAUUUACAUUUUUUGGAUAAGAUGAAAAAGGAAUUUGAAGGACUUAGUGUUAACGUAAAUAUGAAAAAGCAUAUAAUGAUUUUCACAGGAAUGUCAAGUCAUGUUAAUGCGGCUAAGGUUAAGAUGUUUGAACAGAUUCAGGAAAUAACUUUUGUAACUGCUGGGAAAUAUUCGGUUGAAUAUAUAGAAUUUUUGAAAAUUCCAGAGGUUAAAUCAUAUGUAGGUCAGCAAAUUAAGCAAAAGGGAGUUUUAGGGGUUUGGAAUGUUGAAGAAGGCAAUGUUAUUACCAUGUAUUCCUUGUCAGAUGAGGGUGCUGUGACCGCUUGUGAUGUGCUGAAGAAAUCAAUCAUUGAAGCUCCAAUAAGUCUUGAUGACAAAAUGAGUUUGAUAGGGUCUGACGUGUGGAAUGAGGAAAUCAAGGCUGUUCAAAUGGAAUACCAGGAAGCUUUGGUUAAAAUUGUCGUGGCUGAUUCAAAAACUGUUGUUAUAUAUAUGACUUCAACAGGAGAUGAAGGUCUCGUGAAAGAAAGAGUCACGGAUAUAUUUUAUCGUUAUGGAUAUGGAAGUUCAAGAUACAGGGGCCGUUGGAGUUGAGAUCAAUAUCAUCACAAUCAUACAAAUUAUCUUGAUAAACAUAAUUCCAUGAAAAUCUGAAAUACCGUCAACGCAAUUUGCGUUUUUUUUUUUACCAAAAUUCACUUCUAAGAAGUAGGUCCAGUUUCCCCUGAAUUUAUUUCACAUUAGGGCGAUGUUCAAAAUGUCUUUUAAUCUUUAACUUGAUUUCAUAGUAUCAUAGUCCACUGUGCAUACAUCAACGGUAUAACAAUAUUAAAGCUUUCUUGUAAUCA